UGUCUGUCUGCCGCUGCAGGAGAGCUCAGAUGGGAAGAACAUUUUAUAAAAAUGGUCCCCAAACUUCAGGGCCUGGAUAAACCGGCAGGACACCCUGCCGUCCGCUCGGACAGAGACUGUACUUCUGAAGGCGGCAGUGUCGACUAGAAACGAUGCAGUCCCUGCCCGUGGAGGUGGGCAGCAGCAGCAGCUCCGCCCCCAGAGACACAUUUGGCCCGGUGGUGCAGGUGUGCUUCCCCAGCGCUCAGGGCUCGGUGCUGGGCAGCCUGAACCAGCAGAGAGAGGACGGCCAGCUCUGUGACCUCUCCAUCCACGUCCAGGGUCACGUGUUCAAAGCCCACCGUUGCGUGCUGGCCGCCUCCUCACCAUACUUCCACGAUCAGGUGCUCCUGAAGAACAUGUCCACAGUCUCCAUCCCGGCAGUGAUGGACCCGCUGGCAUUUGAGAGCGUUCUGAGCUGCGCCUACACCGGGCAGCUCCGCAUGCUGCGCGACGACAUCGUCAACUACCUGACGGUGGGCAGCGUCCUGCAGAUGUGGCACAUCGUGGACAAAUGCACCGAGCUGCUGAGGGAGGGCCGGGCAGCAGCGGGCGGAGGGGGAGGAGGGGGUGCAGGAGGAGGAGGAGGAGGAGGUGUGCAGGACAGGGUCAGUGUUGGAGGAGGAGGUGGAGGGUCCGCUAACCUCGGAUGCAGCAGCAGCAAUGGUGAGGGUAUGGCAGGAGGGAGUAACAGAGCUGGUAGUGACGGAGUCCCCCAGGUGGUAGGGUCCAACGAGCCGCAGCGUGCCUCCCUCCCCCCCAGCCGCCCGUCAGUGAGUGAGAGUCAGUCCCCCAGCAGCACCAACUACUUCAGCCCCAGAGACGGGGGCGGGGCAGCCGCAGCCGGGGCCUCAGCUGACCGAGGCGGGGCCAGCAACACCCCCAGCUACUGCACCCCAUCAGGAGGAGAGGAAGCCUUCCUUAUUGAGGAAGAGGAGGAUGACUUAGAGGAGGAAGAGGAGGAGGUGAUGUACCACCAAAGGAAGAGAGGAAGAGGAGGAGGCAGCGGGAGGAGGAAGAAGAUGAGCUCAGUGUCGGAGCAGGAGGUCGGGGUCAGUGACAGCUUUGGCGUGUCUUCCUAUCAGGACGGGGAUCACCUGCUGAGGCGUCCUGCCUACAGCCAGCCCAGCAUCAUGCCUCGCAAACAGUGGGUGGUGGUGAAGACCGAACGCAUGGAGGACGACGACCUCAUCGUGGUGUCCGGGGAGGAGGGGGGAGAAGACGAGGAGGACGAGGAGGAGAGGGAGAUGGAGCUGGCCCGAGAGAGGGAGAGAGGCAACUUCAACAUCUCCAACGUUAGGAGCCUUUCAGCCGACCUGCCAGCCAGAGCAGAGAGCGACAUGGACUCACAGGUGGACUACUGCCAGUCUUCAGAGGACUACCUCAAGUUUGAAGGCAGUUUAAUGGACCAGACUCUGGCUCAGCACCUCCAUGACAGCGCGGCGGGUCAGAGCCAGAGCGCUAACCGAGCCGUGUCGGCGCUGCUGGGCCAGGUCCAGUCUGCAGCCUCGGCCCGGGCCCAGCUCUUCCCCCUGGACAUGCAGGGGAACCAGAUCCUCCUCUACAGCCAGGCCUCCGGGCACUCUCUGGACGGGGCCCCCCCUCCCCUGGGGAUGGCAGGCGGUAUGAUGGGAGGAGCCUCUUUCAAAGGGCCCAGUCUGGAGCACGGCGCAGUCCAUUUGUCAGUGCAAGGCGGCCUAGGAGUCGAUGGCAUGGACUGUGGGGGGAUGGGAGGUGGAGGUGGCGGCAGUAACAGCACCGCUGGGGGUUCUGGGAAAGUGUUUAUGUGCCACUGCGGUAAGACCUUCACCCACAAGAGCAUGAGGGACCGCCACAUCAACAUGCACCUGGACCUGAGGCCCUUCCACUGCCCCGUCUGUGCCAAGAAGUUCAAGAUGAAGCAUCACCUGACGGAGCACAUGAAGACGCACACGGGCCUCAAGCCGUACGACUGCCUCGGCUGCGGAAAGAAGUUCAUGUGGCGCGACAGCUUCAUGAGGCACCGCUCACACUGCGAGAGGCGCGGCGGGGCGGGGGAGGGCGGCGAGGGAGGGAGAAGAGGGGGAGGGGAGGAUGGGCACGAUCUGAUGUCCUCUCCUCACCUCCUCCUGUCUGCAGGUGAGGGAGGACAGGGCGGGGUUCUGGGAGGAGGGGGAGGGAGAGGAGGCGUGUCGGUUUCUUCUCAGCAUUUUUCCAACAGUGUUCUGUCGCCAGCAACAGGAAGCAGCAGCAACGGUGUGAACAACAUGGCCGCCCCGGGGGCACUGCUAGGGGUCUCCCAGAGUCAGGGCGCAGGGAUGUUUGCCGCUCUAGGGUUGGGUCGAGGUGUGUGUGAAGAGGACGUGUGUGAAGUCAGUGCUAAUGAUAGCAGCGUGACCUAAACCAGAAGUGUGUUAGGUCCGACGGGAGCCUCUUUGUCAGGUUUCUUGUUCCUGCUGCUGUUUUUAAAUGAUAGAAAAUACACUUUUAACUGCCAACACCCAGUAUUUCAAACAGGAAGUGGGUAUUUGGUCAGGUGUUGGCAAAGAAUCGAGGCUCCUGUUGGACACAGGCUGAAGAACCUGAACAUAUUUGUGGAAAAUUGGGACUCUGGAUGCUAGUCAACUGCCGAGAUGUUUGUGAAACAGAUCUGCGGUUGUGCCAUCACAAGAUAUCUGAUUAUUUUAGAAUACUUCCUCCUAAUAGUAACCUCAUUAAAGAAGGACCUUUGACUCAGUGAGUAAGCUAUUGUUUCAAAAAUCCCAGAAGUUUAUUUUUUGGAAGAAUGCUUUGCGUGUUGAGUGGAAACCAAAAAUGAAGAGACAGUGCUUCACUAGCUAUCAGUAGAGUAAAAACAAAUGGCUGUUCUAAUCUGCUGUUCUGCAGUGACGUGUUAUAAGGAAUCACAGUCACAUGAUUGUAUUCAAACAAGCCUACAGGAGAAAACACUCUGCACAAAAGAAAAGAAGUGCUAAAGUGCAGAUAUGUUUCUCCUCGGUACAUUACUCCUCAGUUUCCCAUGCAACAACCUGUCAGCACUGCCAUGUUGUUUUGAGACUCUACGGUGCUGCUUUACCUGAAGCCCAGACUGGGUUACAGUGAAAGGAACAAUCUAGUUUCCUCAUCACAAGGGAACACUGUUUGUCUUUCAGCUGCUUAUUUAUCAACCUGUACAGCCUGAAAGCUAAAGUCCACGAUUACUUUUUUUUUUUAGACUGAAUGUUACGUAGUUAAAGUAGCAAAUGAAAAGAAAAGAUCUGUUUUUAACACAAACACUACCUGUACCUGAUGAGUUCAACACUUGCCCUGUGGAGAUUUAAAAGCAGGAGGAAGUUGAAUUUAUCAUUGCUUUGACUUUUGCUGUUGUUCACUUUCUAGUUCUCAUGCUUUGUGAGAUAUAUUAUUACUGUAAAAAUGUAGAAAUAUAUGUCAUCAGACAAAUGCUAACUUGUAGUACUGGUGCGUUUUGCUGCAGUGUGGUUUGCUUUAGAAGUGAGUUAGCUGUAGAGAAAGGGUUCUGCACUGCCUAAAAACAUUAUCUUAACCCACAGUGCGUCUCUCUGAUAAUUCAACGAGGAGUAUUUGAAGCUAGCAGCGGUAGAUGGUGGUCUUAUUUAAGCUAUACAGUGUAUAGUGUGUUUACAAGCGUACCUCCUCUGAAUGGCUGACAGAACAGAAGUGAUGGAGCCACAUUAAAAAAGGAAGCCUUCUUUCCUCAGUAGCUGUAAGGCAUACAAAGAAGUCAAAUAGCUAGUUUUCUCUCAUUAGAUUUAAUUUAUUUGACUGUAGAUUUUUUUUUUUUGCGAUAUCUUUAACAGUAUAGUAGAGUAGUGCAGGUUGACGUUGACUUUUUAUUGAUCAGAGGUCAGCAGUUCCCCUCUGGUCGUAUUUAUAAGCACUGAUUUUGGUUUUGGUCCAUCUGAUUUAAAGAUGGGUUUGAUUCACAUAAAACACAUUUUCCAGAUGAAUAUAUUAAUUUCAGGUAAUGUUUGAUUUCACUUUGGUGAAGUACCUACAGAACACUUUUAUUCCAGGAACAUGCUCAAAAAUAUAUAACUAGUCAAACAUGCUGAAUAUUCUAUUUAAUUGUUCGCAAUAAAAAAAAAAAAAUUGAGUGACAUAUUAAAUGGAAUUACAAAAGAAGUGUAUCCUUGUUCACAAAAAAAAAGGAAUUUGCUCUCAAGAUGCCGAAUAACGAUUUGUGUAGUUUAAACCUCACAGGAAUGUAAUGUCUUUAUAGAGGUACGCUAUAUCAUGUUAUCGAUUACAGUUACAGCUAGAUUGCAAAAUAUGUGUUCACCUCCACCUUGUUUUUCAUUUUAAAUGGUCCAAUCAUCAUUUUAAUAGUAGUUUCUCUGUAUCAUCAAGAUAUCCUGUUUAUUUACAUUAUAACAUUUUUUACAAUGUGCUGUGUGUCUUUUUAAGGUGUAAGUCACAUUUUAAUAGAUCAGCCUGUUUUAAAUGAACUAUAGACAAAUAUGGUUUUAUGUUUGUGAUGAAAUAAUAUUCACUUUCAGAAAGGCGGUGAUUUAGAGAAAAUGAUAAUGUGUGUUUUUAAGAUGUGUGUCUGUACCAGUGUAGCUACAGCACAGGACAGUGAGUGCUGAAAGAAAUAUGACACAUGACCUCUUUAACAUUCAACAUGCCUUCAGAGAUGUUUUACAGUUGCGUAGAGCAAAGAGAUAAAUUAUCGAUAUGUUUUACCUUCUGUGAAGUCUGGAUAUGGAUAUUUUUUUACAAAGGUUUGGAGCCGGGACAAAAUGAAAGGACUGUUUGUACGUGUUCAGUGUGACCUCCAGUGUUUCCUCUAUGACUGCUUCUGUUGUGUUUUUGUUUCACAUUUGCUCUGUUUGUGUAGUCCUCCGCUGAACAUUUACUUAGAAAACACAGGAUGAUUGUUAAAGGAGAAUGUGCCCGCGACGGGGCGGAGCGUGGAGUUAUCUGAAGGGCCCCUACCCAGAAAACAACCAUACAGAAAACUCUUGACUGUCAGGGAAUGUAGGUGAGAAAGAUGAGAACAUUUAUUAUUUUGUAUAUCCUUCAACAAACAUGACACAUGAAGAGGUGUUUUGUGGUCAGGCUCAGUCAGAAAAAUGGGAGUGAAGACUACUGGAAGAAUACAUCCAAUUAUUGAAACAGAGGGUGUUUCUCAAUGUCGAGUACGCUUGCUUGGUAGCACAUGUCUUCCGAGUCACUUGCUUCAGAAGCGAGGCAAGAAUACUUCCUGGCAUUCGGAAAACGAAGAGUGGAACAGGCUACCAAGUGUGCAGGUGUGCCAUAUGAGAGGCCCCGCCUUACAUUUUCCGCCACAGAUUUGGGGAAAUUGGAAAUCCCCACAAUGCUUUGCGCAUAAAACAUAACUGUCACAAAUGCUGUCAGAACCAACAUGAAACUCAAAAUGACACUUUCACAAUAAAAGUGCAGUAGAUUGUAGUGUUAUUCUUUUUACUUAGUGCACAUGUGCAGCCUCGAAAUUUCUCGCUACGAAGUACGCCGGGCUCGGUAGAAUUCCAAGUAUGCUGGA